GUUUUUUCCCAUCAGCGUGACGCAGCAUAAACAUUACAGUACGCAGUCUCAGUGAUUGUCUGGAGAACAGAAAAACCACUAACGACUACUUUUAUCAGAACUCGGAGAAACCAAGCCCUCAGCUGUUCUUACAGGGAUUGUUACGUACAGAAUUUUUUUAACCCGUGACGCAGCAGAAUAACUGUGCGCAAUGUGCGUGACUGCGGCCAGUCUCACCAGGACAGACAUCAGUAAACCACGUUUGCUUAAUGAAUGACUCAUGAGGAAGGAGCUUGCUCAGCUAAAGGAAAAAAAUGACUCUGGGCAGUUGCUUUCCACAAACAGUGAGGAUGUGCUGACGACACUUUCUGUAACAGUAAGUAAUUAAUGGUGGAACUUCACUCUGUCACACUGUACAAUAUUCUGCAGCUUGAGGUAACAACCGUGGCAAUUUUAGACAUGCUGUUGUGCAGGUGCAAAAGGGUAUGUAUUUAGUUUGAAAUGUUGUAGAUAACAUUGUCAAAUUUUCUGUUAAAACUCAAAUAUUUAUAAUUUGUUAGGGAUGGAGACAAAAAUAAUUUUGAGACAGUUUGGGGGCCAAUGUUCAUUGAGCCUAAUUAUCCUCUUUGGUCCAGUAUCCUAGCAAAAGUAGAUAAAUAUAAAGCUUAGAUGUCUGGAAUGUAGGGGGAAAUUAAAACUAGGACCAGGGAGUCUGAAAAACAGGAAAUGUACUCUUGGUCUGAUGACUUCAAUUUGAGGUUGACGUUUGGUUCUGGGUAACCCUUAUAAGAAAUGUAAUAAAAUAAAUUACAGCUAAACAUUGAGGGUUUUUUUUGUUUGUUUGUUUGUUUGUUUGUUUGACAGUAUUUUAAAUCUGACCUAUGUUCAUGGAUACAUUCAAUGGCCACAUCAAUGGAUACGUAAAUUCUAAAAUUGCUGGAAUAAAAAGUAUGACCUACUGUGUUCUCUGCAUGCUGUGGAUAUUUAGAGGUUAUAGCCAGCAUAUUGUCUAUGUGAAGUGCUGCACUUUUAUCCUUUUGCUUGUGACUUUGGGGCUAAGAAGAGGUAACUGGAAUUGAACCUGGUAAAUGCCGUAAGUGUACACUAUCAGAAAAAAAACCACCCAAACUACCAGUCGUACUAGGAGCUGAUGGGGCUGCAUUACUCGCCAAGACCUCCCCAAGGAUGGUUUCAUAAUUUAUCAAGGUCAGCUGUCUUUCUGCAGAGCAGCAGAAAGCUUCCUUCACUUAACACCUCAUUUACAUAUAUUUAUGUAUGGCUUCCCAAAGAGACAGUAUCAGUCCUGACAGCACAAAAUACACUCCAAAGAUAAGGUGACAAAAAAACAUGAAGAAAGGAGUAAAGACGGUAUAUGCAGAGGGUUCCACACAGUGGGCAAUGUAUGUAAGUGCACAAAAACCCACUCUAUUGCUUUAAUGGCUAUUUUCAAAAGAACAUCCCAAUGUCAUUACUAAAUAAGGUCAUUUAGAGGAAGUAAAAGGCUUGAUUUUUUAAAUUUAUUUCAACACAUAUUAAGGUUUAAGGCCACUUUACAUCUUUGAUCAUACUUAAUGUCAACACACUGGCAUAUACUGAGAAAUGUAGCGCCUACAUCAACACUGGGGUCCUUUCACAGCAGGCCAGGAACAAAGUGACUCCAUCAGAGAGAGUUUUCGUUAGCAGGCCAGAUAACUAUAUUUUCUAUACAGCAUGUGUCCAUGGAGAUUACAACGAACAACUUAGGCCCUGUCCACUAGAUAAUACGUUCAGAAUUUAUAACACAUAUUAGACACAUUCAACAUUUACCAACUCUAGGUCAUCACAGUUAGCUGUAUUUCCCUCAAUGGCUAUUUUAAUUAAAGUAUUUUUGCUUGAAUGAACCUUUAUAAUAUCAAAUUAGCCGAUUUUGAUGUGUGAUCUUUGCCCACAGGUCCAAACAAAGAGAUCCAGAAAAUGGAAUGUAAAACCUGUUUAUCAUAAACUGUUGACAUGACACCCAAACUUGUAUAUACUAAAUGGAUUUUUUUUUACAGACUUAACAAAAGUGUUGAAAUGUGUUGAUUGUAAAUGAGAACUUGAAAUAAUAUCUGAAAAAAUGUCUAGAUAUUAUUAAGAUUAUUAUUAAGAUUUAGAUAUGCUAAAAAAGUAAGGUUAGUAUGUAUUAAACCCUACAAAAAAUUUGAACUAUUUAGAAAAGUAUAUAUAAAUUCUAUUUUGAUAUGAUAAAUUUGUCUAUGUGUGUGCACAAUUUUGAUUUUUUUUAAAUUUGUAUUUUUGAGUGUGGAGCUCCAGUAUGUGAUUGACACGUGAUCCAUCAUCAGUGAAGAGCGGCUACAGUGUGGCAGCAGAGCUGAUAAGUCAUCCAUAUGGAGGAUGAUAGCCGUGGUCCAGGUGGAGUUUAUACUGCAACACUUCAUUGGACCUUCCUGAUUAAAUCUCUAACUCUGCUUUUCUACAAAUGUGUAAUCCACAAAGACACGCCAACUCUAUUUCUUUGCAAUGAUUCGAAUAAAGUGACAUGUACACCAUUUGAAGCUUUUUUAAAACAAACUUGAAUUUCCAAUAUGGUAGGAGAGGUUGUUGUUGUUGAGCGGGUUGUUGUCAUGUCCCCGCAGUGCCUGUAGUGGUGCUGUGAGGAGUCUGCUGUGGAUCCAACUAAAAUCCUCAGCACUCUGCUUACGCCUUGUAAUUUGCUCAGGAUAGCCCAAUAUUCUACAUGCAUUCUUUAUUUCAGCACAGACUAAGCCCGACGAAGACAGCUGUUACGAACCUAUCUCGAAUAUCGAUGCACAAAUAGCCUAGCUGAUUGUAAUAGACAUUUCGGCCGUCUGUCUGGAGCGAAUACCUAACCCAGCUCAUACCAAUUCAAGCUGAUGUUGUCAAGGACAAGAGUCACGUGAUGUAUGAAGGCAAACACAUACACUUCUCAGAGGUAGACAAUAAGCCGUUGUGCUCAUACAGCCCAAAGCUCUGCAAACAGCGCAGACUUAAUGGCUACGCUUUCUGUAUACGGCACGUUCUGGAGGACAAGACAGCCCCCUUCAAACAAUGUGAAUAUGUGGCGAAGUACAACAGCCAGCGAUGUACCAAUCCCAUCCCGAAGUCUGAGGACCGCAGGUACUGUAACAGCCACCUCCAGGUUCUUGGAUUUAUACCCAAGAAGGAGCGGAAAAAGAAACACGAUGCUUUGGAGGAACUGCGCCCACGGGCUCACUUGGAGUCAGUUGCACUCAACAUAACUGUACCCUCUCUAGCUCUAAAAGCUCCCAAUGGUCUUGAUGAACUUCCACCAUCUCCUCCCUGUUCACGUCUGUUACCCCUCCCAGACGGGGAACUCUUGGACCCCUUCGCUUUUUAUGAAGAAGACACAGAUGGGGAGGAGGUGGGUACUCCUCGAAAGAGCAACGCUGUCAAGAAGAAAAUACAAAGUCGACUCGGGGUCAACCAGAAACUCUGCCACAACACAGACUUCUUCCAGUCGCCUCCUGAGCACUUUAGCCCCUCCCCAGUCCCCAGUGUUCACCCUUCUGCGCCGCUCAACACUCAUCUACUACGGCAACAGUCAGGUCUCCUCCAACCUCCCCAGCACUCCAAUGUGACUUCCUUCACCUUCCCAGGACAGCAGCAGGGUUUAUUAUGCAAUCCUCCACCACCUCAGACCGUCAACUUUCUGCCUCCAGGGAUGUCGGCUAACGCAGCACCCUGUUUAGUGCAACCCUCUGCACCAUCACUAAGCAGGAAAAUGCCUUUAACUGCUCAACACUUGCCUCUCAAUUGCAAAGACGGUAAUAAUCAGCGGCAAGUGGUUGUCAUGCGUCCCACAACCUUUGCAUCUUCUGCCAGCUGUUUAGCUAAGUUGCAACAUCUGGUGCAACUCUGUGCCAAGAGACGCCAGGAAUAUGGAGACCUGUUUCCACAUCUUGGCUUGGACUGGUCAGAAGACAGUGCCGAUGAUGACAUUGUAGAUGAAGAAGAAACGGAGAAGUUUGUUCCUUUUCAGAGUUCUUGGAAACCACAGAAUGGGUUGGAAGACGACUGUGGUUCCUCUCGUCGAACGAGGUUAUUGAGGCUCUGCUCUUACCUCAGAGAAAAAUACAAGCACAUGUGCAGGCAGGAGAGGGCGAGUAUCCGGCAAAAGAGAUACCGCUAUGCCUUCCGCAAAGCCUUGUUGCAUGCUGCCAGUAAGAACCCAGACUGUGCGGGACAACUCAUCCAGGACAUUGGUGGUUCCUCUCACAUCUCUCCAAGUGUGGAUUCCGAAAAGCAGACCCACUGUGACACAGUGAGUUGCAAAGGCAGCACUAAGGGCCAGGCCUGCAGCAACAGAGCUUUGCCUUUCACUCAGCACUGUUUUCAACACAUUCUAUUAAAUCGUUCCCAGCAACUGUUUGUAAGUUGCACAGCCAAAUUUGCAGAUGGUCAGCAGUGCUCCAUCCCUGUGUUUGAUAUCACACACCAGACGCCCCUCUGUGAAGAGCAUGCCAAAAAGAUGGAUAAUUUCCUACGUGGAGAUGGGAACCGGCGAGUGCAGCACCAGCAGCAGCACCAACGAAAGCCACGUAAAAAGACCAAACCGCCGGCCCUUACCAAAAAACACAAGAAGAAAAGGAGAGUGCAGCGGAGGCCACAGAAACCCAUCCCCCCGGCGCUGCCACAGGGGAACCUGGGAAUGCCCUCGACAAGCCUAACAAUGCCCUCACAGACCAGUAUCAGGAGCCCUUCAACUCCAGACCUAAGUACAGAUGAGCUUCCAGAUGACAUCACCAAUGACAUGGCAGACAUUCCAAAUGACCUGGAGCUCAACCAGGAGGAUUUCUCAGAUGUGUUACCCAGGCUCCCUGAUGACCUGCAGGACUUUGACUUGUUUGAAGGUAAAAACGGCGAGCUGUUGCCAACAACAGAAGAGGCAGAAGAGCUGGUGCGAGCGCUUCAGGCAAUGGGAUCUUACCCAGACUCUUUAGUCUGUCUGACGUCCAUGGGAGACCUGGCCCCAUCCGAAGGCGUGGACCACCGAUCCAUGACUGUGUUCUCUGGUCCAGUUCAGUCAGGGACCAUGGGAGAUCUGCUCGGCAGCCGAAUCCCCACAGAAAACUUCACCAGUCUGGAGCUGGAGGACAACAUACUGCAGUCCAGUGGGGGACACUUUCCUCCUUCACCUCCAUCUCAGCCUACAAACCCACCCCCAGCGUCAUGCUCCAGCCUGACCUCAUCCUCUUCUUCGGUGGCCUCCUCCACCACCUCACUGCUCACACAGACCUCCAUAGCAGAGCGAACGUUUUCACGGACACACGUGUCCCACAUCAUGGCUAAGUCGGACGCAACCACAUCGUCCCCUCAAGGCAGCCACUACAGCAGUGAGCAUGUGCCCUCCCCGUACAGUGACCACAUAUCUUCUCCCCACACCUCCUUCCAGUCUGAUACCCCGCUGCUGCUGGAGGUCCCUCUAAGCAGCGUAGCAGGAACCCCACGUUCAUCAUGGACAAACCUUCCGCUCCCCCUGGCCGACCCUACACAGUUUGGCAAUCUCAUUGGCUCAGACAGUCAUCUCAUAUCCACAUCUCUGUCCACGCCUCCGGCCACCACCCAGUCCGUGACCCUGCAGCCUAUGGCCGCCCUCUCAGCGAUGCCUCAGAGCGGCCUUACAGGACUCACAACCCCCGUCUCUGCCUCUUCUUCGCUCUCGUCAUCUUCCCUCGAUCUUCUGACCUCCACUCAGCCCAAGCAGCAGCUCCCUCAGUUCAGCGCGGCCUUUGGCCAUCAACUGGCCUCCCACAGCGGCAUCCCGAAAGACGUGCAGCCCAGUCACAGCUCCACGGCGCCCCCAGCGGGCUUCUCCGUAGUCAGUGCCACUGCUGCAAGUGCCAACAGCGCCAUGCCGCCCUUCACGCAGAGCAAAUGAGAGAUGGGCGGUCUGCAGCUGCUGAACGACAGCCUGCAGAUUCACUCCACCCCAAAAUCUAGUUGUCUGGCUACAGAUCGAGCUCCGCUCUUUAUCUGAUACACAUGUGCAAUGUGGUUUUACUGCACUAUUUGACAAUGAAUUUGCACACGCUUGGAUUUUCCUCUUAUCUUCAUUCUCUUGCUCUGCAGCCAGACAACAUCUGAGAUUUUCGGGUCAGUGUGAGUCUUGACUGUUCAAUGCCUUUCAGUUCC